UACGUCUUACGCGAUGACGCAUGAUUGUGUCGUCAACACGUAGCUCAGCGUACGUCGUGCGUGCGUAAACAUUUGUAUGGCGGCUCGCGCGGGCUUAUAUAAAAUAUAAUAAACCCGACUAUUAAUGGCGUCCAGGUUGGAGCGCUUUGUAAGCCCGGGGAAAGGUUACGGCCUGCGGGCGACAACCGGCAUUAAACGUGGCCAGUUGCUCUUUUCCUCAGAGCCCAUGGCGAGCUGUGUUUCCAACAAAGUGGCCAAAGAUGUCUGCCAUCGCUGCUUCGCACAGAAUAACACCUUACUGAGGUGCUCCCAGUGCAAGAUGGCUCACUAUUGCAACAUCACAUGUCAGAAACAAGCAUGGUCUGACCAUAAGCGGGAGUGCAAAUGUCUGCAAAGUCUCCUUCCCAGAAUUCCUACAAACUCCGUCCGGCUUACUGCAAGAAUCAUCUUUGCCUUGUUAACGCCAGUAAAGAGUUGCAGUGAGGAGCUCUACACUUUAGAUGAACACGAAUCACACCUGACCUCCAUGUCUGAGCAGAAGAAACAAGGCCUAUCUCAGCUGGCAUCCAUGCUGGAAUUGUACCUACAACAGGAAGUGCCUGACCUCGCACAGGAAUUGACAUCGAGGCUACCGCAGUCUUGCAGACAACUACUCGACCUGAUUGCAAAGGUGACGUGUAAUUGUUUUACCAUUAGUGACGGAGAGCUGCAAGAGAUUGGAGUUGGGCUGUAUCCGAGAUGGGCCUGUUCACAGGAUGGUCCCCUGCCUAUUCAUAUUUUGGGUUGCCUAGCAACCCUGGUUUUGCCAAGGAGAGGGGGAUUACACGGUUUAUCGCUCCUAAACCAUGACUGCAGGCCAAACUGUGUGAUGGUGUUUGAAGGAGCAAAGAUACACCUCAGAGCCAUUUUGGAUAUCAAACCUGGAGAGGAGCUAACUAUAAGCUACAUAGAAACCUUGUCGUUGACUGAAGAGCGUCAGAAACAGCUGGAGGACCAGUACCAUUUCACUUGCCGCUGCCAGAAAUGUGACUCUCAAGACACAGACUGUCUCAUGUUGUCAGGUGAAGAGGAAAGAUGGCUUCAUUUGAAGGAGGCCUUACCUAAACUGGAAGAACUAAAAGCAGUCUCAGAUUGGCGAACCCUCUUUGACAGUUGUACACUUCUGUUAUCAACUGUUGGUGCCGAUGUGCCCGAUGGAAACCUCUACAAGCUCCAAUUGACUGAUAUGGCGCUAGAUUCCUCCAUUCACCUCGGCCACUGGGAGGACGCUGUAAAAUAUGGGGAGAGGACACUUCCAAUUUACAGACAAUACUACCCUGAUCCUCAUCCUGUCCAUGGAGUCCAACUGAUGCGAGUAGCAAAGCUGCAGCAUUAUUUGGAGCGCAUUAAAGAUGCUCUGGAAACGUAUAAACAGGCUUUUGCAAUCCUACAGAUCACUCACGGUAUUGAUCACUCUUUAGUGGCGGAUUUGUUGGACAAGAUGGAAGAAUGUCGCUUUGAGAUGGGUCAAUAACAAUCAACCAACAGUAAAGACAGUAAAAUUCAGCCACUUAAAACAUCCAUCUUCCUCCCGCCACGUAUCCAUCACACAUCCACUUCCUGCCGUAAUCCCUGUUUUUGUGGCUUCUUCUGUCAGGGUCUGUGAUGGAAUGUGGUAAUGCUUCACACACACACACACACACGCACACACACACACACACACACACACACACACACACACGAUGCCUCUUUGCAGGAAGGGGAUGACAACAUUUCCUGUGGGAGAGAAAAAUUGUGUGUUUAAGGGUUAUGUGAGGAUUACACAGACAUCGUGUUUGUUUUAACAUAACAAAUAAAAAGUUUGACUUUU